CGCGAGAUCAGGAGAAAUUUGUAAUCGUUGAAGAGUAUUCCGCCAUAUUUACACUUGUGUGACCGUCUUCGUUGGUUUCUCUAUCUUUUUGAUCGUAACUAACGACAUCCCUAGGAAAGAAUAGCCAAAAUCCUAAACUAAAUUCUUCAAUACUUGAUAUUUGUGUUGCAAAAUAUUCAGGAUGAGCCAGUACAUCCAAGUUGCUGAAGAUGAGAAUGAUGAACCAAUCGAAGUACCAACCGAAGAAGAUGGGGCAUUGCUUCUCACCACAUUAGUCGCUCAGUUCCCUGGAGCCUGCGGCCUCAAAUAUCGCAACCCAGAAACAUGUGGCAUGCGCGGGGUUCGUCUCACCGACGGCCGUCUUCACCCGCCAGAUGAAGGCUGGGGAAACCUUGUCUAUAUCUCGGUGUUCCCUAAAGAUAACAAGCGUAAAGGGGAUGAUGGCUUAGAAAAUCCUACUGCUAAAACCAAACGUCUUGAUAUGCAGAAGUGUAGUGACUUGAUAGUGCUUGGUUUGCCAUGGAAAAGUACAGAAGAGGACUUGAGGAAUUACUUCUCUCAAUAUGGAGAACUUCUAAUGGUGCAGGUGAAGAAAGACCUUAAAAGUGGCCAGUCCAAGGGAUUUGGCUUUGUUCGUUUUGUUGAUUAUGAGGCUCAGUUGAAAUGCAUUUCCCAACGGCACAUGAUUGAUGGAAGAUGGUGUGAUGUCAGAAUCCCAAAUUCAAAGGAUGGAGGUCAACAAACAAUGAAUCGCAAAGUUUUCAUUGGUCGAUGCACUGAAGAUAUGACCGCUGAUGAUCUGCGUAGCCAUUUUGGCAAAUUUGGAGAGGUCAUUGAUGUUUUCAUUCCCAAGCCUUUUCGAGCUUUUGCAUUUGUAACUUUCUCUAAUCCAGAAGUCGCUCAAAGUCUUUGUGGGGAGGACCAUAUUGUUAAGGGAAUCAGUGUCCAUAUCAGUAGCGCAGUCCCAAAAAACUACGACAAGUUUGGAGAUAAGAAAGGUCAAAAUCAAGUUCAGCCUCCGUAUAACCAGGGAUAUGGUCAAGGUGGUUGGGGACAGGGAAACCAACGUGGAGGUCAAAAUAUGGGCAGUAAUAUGAAUAAUAUGGGGGGAUUGAACUUGGGUGCUUUCCAGUUGAACCCUGCAAUGCUGGCUGCUGCUCAGGCCAUGCUUAGUAGCCAAGGUGGAUGGGGCCCUUUAGGGCUUGGCCAAGGAGCAGGUGAUACCUCAAACCAAAACAGCAAUCAGAGCUUAAGUAGUUUUAAUACUAGUGGUCAAGGUGCUAAUAACAAUAGCUUCCUUGGUUGGGGCGGCCAGACCUCAGACAGCGGCUCAGCACAGGCAGGUGGCUGGGGUCAGCAUAGCAAACCAGGUGGUGGUUGGAACUGAAGGACAAUUUGUUUUAAAAUGAAGUGUUGGAGGUAUGCAGAUUUCAGUAUUUAAUCAUGAUGUUCCAGAUAAACUUAUUUUUAAAGAAAGCCCCUCCCGCUCCCAACCAGAAAAGUGAAAAAAGAAAAAAAAAAAGAAAAAAAAGCAACAAACCCUAAAUCUCCAAGUUCCAACUCCUGUGCUUAGUGCUGCAAGUGUUAGAUGUGAGAGUUCCUUCCACCCCAUUAUGAUUAUUAUUUUCUCUUCAUUGGCUCCAUUUAAUGUGUGGUUUCUGCUGUGGAUCAUUAUAGCAGCAGUGACAAGUGGGAACACUACUCAUCGUAUAUCCAGCGUCAUUUGGCUGAGUGCAUGACAUUGAGUGUAUUCGACAGACUUGAUGAGAUAGAUUCACCGGAUUAUCUGAUGCUGAUGAACACGGAAUGGCUGUCUUAGGGUGUGUCUCUUAAUGUCUGCAGUAUGGUUGAAUGCCGUUUGUAUAAGGAAAUAAAUAUGACGUGUAUGCUUG